AAUACAUCAAGGGGUGCAUCACUACCUUAUUUGCUAUAACAUAAAGCAUCCAUCGUGGGACAUCAUAGAUAACAACAAACACUACAAAGAUACUAGUGCGGUAUAUGGAGAUGCACCUUCAACUCUGCAUAAGUUGUUCGUCCGGAUGCUGAAGCAAGAAAAUGUGCUUACUUGGGAAAAAGUGUCUGCUUUAGAACCUAACUUCAUAGAAAUGGAGUGGCAAACGAAUGAUAAUGUUGUUGAUUGUGGUAUUUUUGUGAUGCGGCAUAUGGAAACUUACAUGGGUGGGCGUCGUAUUCCUUGGGCUGGUACGCUACAAAAUGAGAAGGUCGGGAAAAAUCAGAUGGAGAAGCUUCGAAAAAUAUAUUGUCAUCAGAUGCUGACUAGCCCGCUGAAUGAAAAAAGGGAAGAAAUUAUGAAAGCUGUUGGCAAAAGUCUGAAUGUUAUGAGAGCAAGAUAAAAGUUGUUAACAAGUUGCCUUCUUGUUGGCGUUAUAAGUGUGGGGUACUAAUAAUUAAUUUGGUGCUGUAGUAGUGAGCUAUUAAUUCAAUUUUCACAUCCAGAACCUUUAUGUAACAUAUUUAAUAUUGUUUCAGCAUUGGUUUAAAACUUUAUCAUUGUGAAUUUAUAUCA